AUGCAGGUGUGUGUACGUGAGAAGAAGAAUGAAGAGAACCAUUGGUCCAGUCGGUUUGUCAAUGGUUUCAUCGUGGGUCCUUCCAGUUACACCCCAAAGGGUUACACCAUUGCACUGGAGCCUCUCGAUAAUCCGAAGCUACUGGUAUCUACAACUAUCAGGUUGAACCGGCCGUUCAACGCUCUUCCAAUUACACUUCCAGGCGAGGUUUGGCGGGUUGAUCCCGAUCGCCGGAUUCGAGGCAAGACCAGCCUGCUUACCCCGGGAGAUACGGACGCCGUGGAGGAAGACUUAGCUGUGGUUGGGGGAGAGGUCGCACGUGUGUCGGAGGUUGAUAUUGAACGUGGUGAUCGCCACGACGUGCUAGACUAUUACGCUGGCUAUCGCCGUGUGUGUGAUAUCGAUCCCGAUUUGGAUGUCACCGCCAGGACUCUUAUGCAGUUGCAGGUUGAGGCUGCGCUCGAAGAGUCGGGGACCAAUGAUGUUCCCAUCAGUGGGGAGGCUGCUCCAGAUACCUUGUUGCAAACUCAACAGGUCUCCUUAACAGAAGUGCGGCAAGACUUGUGUGCAUGGAAGGAUGCAAUCGUGGAGGAACUUACUGCUUUGAUUACCGUGCAUCAGGCUGUUCGCUUGAUUACAAAGGCGGAGUUGCAGGAAUUGGAGGCCAGCGGUGUAAGGGUGCAGGUAGUGCCGGGGAAACUAGUAUUCUCCAUCAAACCUCCGGAUAGGCGCAAGCGAGCGCGCCUGGUGGCUUGUGGGAAUUAUUUCCCUGACGCUCAGCAGUCGCACACAGGCCUUAUCAACCCGGCAUCGUCAAGUCCAUCAGGUCCAUCUUCUACCGCUGCCAAGGCAGAAAGUCGGAGCGACAUUUAUGCCUCUGGCUUGGAGGCUGAAAGCCUCCGGCUACAACUACGAUGGGCGGCAGGUUCCAGUUGGGACGCAGUCGUCAUUGAUGUGAAGACGACAUUCCUGCUGGCGCCAGCUCGACGACGCGACGGCUCGAAGAUUGCGGUUGCAGUUCCCCGCCUGAUUGUAGAUGCGGGAUUGCUGUUGAAUCGUCUCUUCCGGACUUUUAAGACCGGCUACGAGGAGGAAGAGACGUUGAGUAUUCCUAUUCUCCGUCGGGCCCAGAAACUGGUAGGCGAGCUCCUCUGGCUAUCGGGUAAAACACGUUUGGACAUAUCAUACACCGUGUGCAAACUUGGCCAAUACUGCUGCAAGUUUCCUUCUUCGGUAUACAAGGACGGCUUGAAGGCGCUGGCGUAUUUGGCGAGGACCUCCCAUCUACAGCUCCGGUAUGGAUCCUUUGAUGAACCUUGGCGCGGCCAGGAGCUGCUGCGAUAUGCAAGGAGUCGGUGUACGGUUGAAGGAUGGUCGGAUGCGAGCUUUGGUCAGGAUGACGGUGGCCGAAGCCAUACAGGUAUUCUGCUGGUAAUUGCAGGUGGUGCUGUGAGCUGGCAUAGUAGCCGGCAGACACUAACGGCACUAUCUCCGGCGGAGAGCGAGAUCAUCGCUGCCGUGGACAAUAUGGUGUUGGCGAGAGCGUUGGCGGAGCUUGGUGCACGCGCCACCUCAGAUUACGUGCGAGGGUACGUAUGGGGUGAGAGCACGGAUGCAUCACAUGAUGAAGCAAUCCAUGUGCAGCAUGAGUCUAGUUGCGUUUAUGCCACACCGGCCACCGCUUUCCCUAGGCUUGCCAUUCUGGUAGCUGCACUGGCUAUUGCUAGUCAGGUGGUGCAGGUCCAAGGUGCCCGGGCCCAGGAUGAUGACAAUGAUGACUCUCUUUGGGCUCUUUCGGAGUCUGAAGUUCUGUUUGCCGUUGCUCUGAUCGUCGCAUGGGAAGUCGCCAAGUUUGUUGCGCUAAAAGGCAUCAAGGGCGGAGCUGGGGUCCUUGGUUGGUUCCGGGCUAGGUCGUGUGCCAGUAGGAGCCUCACUGGCAGUUACAGACGGUCGAAACAGGACAGCAUCAGGUGCAGUCCUACCGGAGUGCGGCUUCGCGGCGCACUGAACAAGAGCGGCUGUAUGGAAGGCAGCUCUUCGGAUGUAGCUUUGGCUGGGUGGAUGGUUGGGUUGACCCUGGACCUUCCGAUCGAUGGUUCCACGAUGAAGCGAGCCAAGUGUUGGUUCGUUUCCACAGCUCUUCGAGAUCGCAGCUGUUUCGUGCACCAGCAGAGAUAG